AUGGGAUGGUGUGCAACAUGUGAAACUGCCAGCAGACAGUCAAAAAAGCCUCGCAUACACGACUGCAGGCUCAACUGGGAAAGCUUGUCAAAAACUAUGGAAGCUGAUGUUUGUGUUGAUCUAGUCAAAAGUGUGUUGAAAAUGCAGAAAAGAAAAUACUUUAAGAUAAUGACUAAGUGUAGUUUGAAUGCCCUCACAUUUUAUGGCACAAAAUUUUAUUUUUGUGGUUUUACUCUGCUGAACAUUUGUGGAGAAAAAAAUGCAGCUGUAUCUGUUCUUGUUCGGGAUGAUGAUUCGUCCACCAUAGGCAAAGUGAGGAAAAAUGUUGAGCAUGAGGUUGAAAAAUGGUCAGACGUAGUCCAUGCUAAAAGAUCCUUUGGUAGCUCACUAUACAACAUCAAGAUCCAAAACAAAAGCCUGACAGAUAUGGCUAUACAGUAUUUCCAGCGAUGCUUUGGUUACGCACUAAAGCAGAAUAAGGAGCUCGAGGAUGAAGAAGGCGUACGAAAUGGUCUGAAUUCUAUUGUGCCCCAUGCUUAUGGUGACCAUUCUUCCUGUGGCAACUGGUGUGGCUACUUAAAAAAUCCUGCAUCCUACAAACACAGAGGCCUUCCCCACGGCAAGGAUCUGAUGGACAAAAGCUUGAGGCAGUCCCUGGAAAAGAUCAUAGAAGUAAGUGCAGUGUACAUGUACGGAGGUUUCAGACCGAUGCGUUCUACUUUAACUGCCUUGCUUGAAGCUACGAACGACUAG